AUGGGCAACUGUCUACAGUCUGUGAAAGAAAAUACAGAGGAAAGGCGACGAAAAGAUAAUGAGCUGAAAAGUGUUACCAAUAAUAAUGUAAAAGCGGAUAAAAACGCCACGCGUUGUGUGCAGCAGACGUAUAAAGGUGAUAAUCUAAACAGUUCAGAGAGAACGGAGACAAUACCAGCAGGUGAUGGAAGGUUGUCCCCGUCCGAUGAAUUACAAGGAACCAAACCAUCCCAGUACCAUCGAAAUGUCGGAAUUAUCGAGAGUUCUCGAGACCCCAAUUGGGCCCGUUUGUUAGCACAUUCGAGGGAAAAUGUUGACUCAACUGGCGAAACUUCAUUGCAAUUUGGUGAAAACUGGGAACCGCAGCUGUUCGAUCAAAGAUGCUCUUCUCAUUCGUUUUUCAGACAUCAAGAUGGGGAAUCUAUACAUAGUGUUAGCACAACGACGAAGAUGUUUGCCGCAGCAAAGGGAAACAAGUUCAGUUGGAACAACUGGCAAUCUGAUGAGAGUAUGAACGGCCGACCAACGGUUAAACGAAGCAAAAUUCCCCGCAUAAGCUCAUCUAUCCUUGGUUUCUCGCAACUCCGACAAAAUGUACCAGAUGGUCUGGAGUGGUAUCGAAAUGGUGAGGCGGAAAGUCCACAACCGGAGGAACAAAACUUUCUUAUAAAAGGAAAACAAAAGCACUCCAAACAAGAUGAAAUUAACGGAAACAAUGUAGAUGAAGAGUGCACCGCCACAGCGCUGCCAGAGCACAAGGGAGAGAACACUCACAAGGAAGAUUGUACGAGCAGUGGUCAUCGAUGGACCGAGUAG